AUGGAUAGUGCUGUCCAAAAGAGCAAUUGGUUUCCCGACGUCGCUCGCCGCGUAGUCGAGUUGACCGCAUCGAUACUCCCUAGGGAUGUCGACUUUCAGUCGGAGUUGCAGAGAGAAACCCUGUUUCUCGAGCAUGCGAUCACGCAGCUCAAGCGAGUGCAGAAUGCGCAACGGCCGCUCGUCCGUCUGCCUCCCGAAGUAUUGGUCAUGAUAACCGAGAUCCUCACCGACGAGUGGCCCGCUUUUGGUCCCGCGCACCAUCGCAUUGUGGACUCCGACUCCGACUCAGAGGAGGAAGAGAGGAUAACUGCUCGGAACGAUACAUCAUCAGAUAAACGGCAGUACCUUGGGUGGAUACUGUUCGGGCACGUCUGUAGCUCACUCCGCAACACACUUCUUGGCCGCCCGGUCUUCUGGGCAAAGGUAGUCUCCAAGAAUCUACGAGCGCGGGAGACUAUUCUACAACGUUGCGGAGAGACCCCUCUUCACCUGAUAGCGAAUACCGGUUAUAACGCCACGCGAUAUCAGUCGGAGCUCGACUUCAUCUCUAAGCACAUGCCGCGUGCGCACACCAUUGACGUAGAAUUGAUCGCGUCAAGUGCGGUCAACAACGUAUUCAGCCCAGCAAUCCUGGCCCAGAGGGCGAUGCCCCACUUGGUCAAACUGAGAGUUCGAUCUCGCAGUGAUGAGACUUCCAUUCUGAUUGCACGAGAUACGUUGGACCUCCCGGCAUUUGAAGCACCUCAUCUCAGGGAUCUGAGCUUUGAGAAUGUCAUGGUACCCUUCCCGACCUCGAAUCUGGUCCAUCUUCAAAUAACAUUUUCCUCUCGAUACGCCGGCCAUCUGCCUUCCGAAUACAUCGCUGACCUAACGGAACACCUGAAUGCGCUCGAGACACUGAGCCUGGGACGCUGCCUAUCGAUUAUGACACCCGCCCACCCCGCGAAGCAGCCACGAUUACCUCGCCUUUCCUUCGUCACGCUCAAAGAUCAGGCGGCGCCAGCAAAGAGUGUCUGGGUGUACCUCCGCGCUCUUCGCCCAUCCGCUUGCUUCACGAUUGAUAUCACAUUCAAUCCAGCACGCGACAGGCAUGGAGAUGCAGUUCCGAUAUCCCUCCAAGGAUCUAUCGACGCGGAUGUUGCUGGCUUAUGUAUAUUCACUCACGGGGACCCACCGCUCGAGCCUGCGUAUUGGGAUGAAGAGCCGCCUGAGAGUGGCGACGACAGGGAUGACGAGUAUCAUAUAUCCUUCUUCGCGCCAAGAAAUGGCGCCGUCUUGCACGACUAUCGCGCCAAACGAGGUGAAGACGUAUUCCGGACUAAUUUCGAUCGGAGGCUCGAGGUCAUCUUCGAUUGUCUCGAGGAUGAGCUACCAUGUGAUGUUGUCAACGGCCUUGCACCGUCCCUUGACUUUGGCGCUAUAACAACCCUCUCCUUGUCGAUCGACGGCCUCAAUGACCCUAAAGAGUGGUCUAGAACGUUACGACCGUUCGUGAACGUAGAGACUCUGGUUCUGAAGCGAGGAUACAAAGCGAUUGUCCUCGCUCUUACACCAUCAUUCGGCGAAACUGGCAUCAACCCUUUGCUCCCUCGUCUGCGGUUCCUCUGGAUCUCCCGGCUGACAUUUCGAGCGGCGCAAACUGCGCAAUCGGACGGCAUUACUGCUUACGCCAGUAUGCUCGAAUGGCGCACUCAAGAUGGUGCGGCACUACAACAUCUUCGUGUCGAUGCGCUCCAUAUGGACAAAAGUCUGGCCAAGGAGGUCUUCGUGCCGCGUAUGGAGUCCCUCGUGCCACGCGUGGAGUGCACAAUCGCCAUCAAGCAUCCACGGCGAGGACCAGUCACAGCUGCGGCCUCACUAAGCUUGGCCCAAGCUCUGUUUCAAUCGGAUAGUUCGGAGUCGAGCUCGUCGGAGUCGAACUCGUCGGAGUUGGACUCAUCGGAGUCGGGGUCAAGCUCUUCGGAAUCGGAUAGCGAAUAG